UUUACGGCCUGGCCAGAACCCAGCGCCCCGCUUGCCGCGCGCUAGCCGCACCCACCAUGGCCUCUCGCAGCGCGGGCACUCUGCUGACCGAGUUCAAUGCCGCCUACGUUCCCCCCAGUCUCAUGCCCGGGUACCAGGGCCAUGUUCCCAGCGUGGCCUUCUCCUUUGGCUACCCGUAUGGUACAGCCACCCUCAAGUACUUCCAGGACCACCGCAACGCGGCCAUGGAGAAGGGCCACGCUGCCUACAGCAGAGGCGGCAGCUUCCCCACCCUCUUCUCCUCCAACCCCAACCUGGUGCUGAUGGACCGCGCCCACACCUGGGCUCACUGGCUGCACAUGCCCAGCUACACACGCUUCAACCUGGACAGCAGCCGCUCCCCCCCCCCUGCCCGGUUCUACCAGACGGCACAGCAGCAUCGGAAGUACUACCGUGACAAGACAGGCCUGGUGCCCCGAGUCCCCUACUUCGUGCUGCCUGUGAGGGAGCCGGAGCGGUACCCCCUCCCCACCGACCUGCCUCCUCUGAGCCCGGAGAAGAAGUGGCACCUUUUCCGAGUCUUCCCCGAGAACCUGAAGACCUACCAGACCUUCCCGUCGGGGAAGAGGGUAUCCUCCCAAGAACGGCAGAAGAGAGACACCUACUUUGAGUUCAGAGCAUGAGCCUGGGAGAUGGAGGCCUGAGUGCCUUGGCUCCAGCUAGGCUGCCUUGCUUGGAAUAAAUAAAAUCUUGGCCAAGACCACCCUACGCCCCUCUCCCCUGAG